GAAACCAGUAACCUACAAAUAUCUUCUACUCUUACUGGCCAAGGUUCAGAGCCAUAAAGUAGGACGGAGCAAACUGCUGCUCAGUAGACUGGUCCUUAUGUUAGCAGACACAUCACACUUAAAUCUUCCGAUUUUUCUAACUGUAUGAACCGAUACCACGCUCAGCACAGUUCAGUUCUUGCCUGUUUUGAAUUUUAGACUUUAGCUUUAAUUAUUUUUCUACAUUGCGAAACAAUUUCAGUCAUCAAACUGAUUUCGUCCAGACUUUCAAAAUUAAACCUUCCUUGUCUUUUUGGAAUUAGCAUUUAUCCUGUUUUAUAGCCAUUGUUCUUGAUUUAUAGAUCUAUGUAGUGAAACAGGCAGUGAAUCCGAAUGUCCAAAUACCCUCGUUUCUGGAUUCAAGGGGUCUGAAGUCGCUGAUGCGGGAUCGUGUUUACCAGGAGAUCUUAUGGAUGGAAAAAGUUGUGGUGCCUCUGUCACGUUAUCCACUCGUCCUCGUCUUACAGUUCAAGAUAUACUUGAUGACCAAGUAUCUCACGCAGGCUUUUCGAAAAAUCAAGAAUGUGAAUUGAAACAAACUUCUCUAUCGUCCAACUCACAAGCCGAUUCAUCUACAGUACUCUCAGAAAGCAUUUCGACAUCCAGAGUCAACCCGGCUCCAUAUUUGGAUAAAGGACAGAACACUAUGGCUUGGUCAGGUAUUGCUAACCCAAGCCAUGCAUUUGCAUUUAUUCAGUCUUCUAACUUCUCGAAGGAUAAUUCUAUAGAAUCGGAAAACACAUCUGUCGUGGAAGACCCAUUUGCAUACUCGAACUCAGUUCCUGUAAGUUUGUCUACGAUUAGGACGAUGGAUGUAUUCACGUGCUCAACCGAUCCGUCUAUGAUAUUUACGCCUGUCCAAAGUAACACCUCCAUAGCCGGCAGUUUUGUUCCACAAAUAUAUUCCUCAAUUACGUCUCCAGUUUGUUUAUCUGGCAACACUAAUGGUGCUGUAAAUAACAGCUCUAAUAAACGCACUGGUGGGUCUUCAGGAACUGCGAGCGGUUGUAAUACUGGAGGGUCUAGUUUUGGUGGUGCACCUUGUGGUGGAGUAGGUGGUGCGGCGGGGGCUGGUGGGAGUGGAUGGGGCAAUCGUAGGGGUCCACCUGCUCCACCAUUCACUCCUUCUGGGUCUAUACUCCAACCAUUGCCAGUCCUAACUACACAACGUCCUCCUGAAUACUGGUGCAACAUUGCUUAUUUUGAACUUGAUCAGCAAGUUGGUGAAUUGUUUAAAGUUCCAAGCCAGUAUUCACGCGUCACUGUUGAUGGAUAUACAGAUCCUUCUAGUCCGAAUCGUUUUUGUCUUGGACAAUUAUCAAAUGUACACCGGUCUGAGCAGUCCGAAAAGUCGAGACUUUAUAUUGGCAAAGGUGUAGAACUAGAUAACGUUGGAGAAGGUGAUGUUUGGAUUCGCUGUCUUUCCGAGUUCUCUGUAUUCGUACAAAGCUAUUAUUUGGAUAGAGAAGCUGGCCGUGCACCUGGGGAUGCUGUCCAUAAGAUAUAUCCUGGAGCUUAUAUCAAGGUUUUCGAUAUCAGACAGUGUCAUGAAGAAAUGAAGUCUCUUGCUCAAUCCUCUCAUGCUGCCGCUGUUCGACAAGCUGCAGCUGUUGUUGGUUCGCCGACGACAAGCGACCUGUUAUCUCAGCUACCUGUUGCGCUACCUCUAGGUUCCAACCAGUCUACUCCAGGGUCUUUGCCUGGUGCAUUAGGUACAGGGGCAUCUAUUAUGGCUACUGCUGGGGUUGGGGUGGAUGAUCUUAGACGUCUUUGUAUGCUUCGUUUGAGUUUUGUUAAAGGAUGGGGUCCAGAUUAUCCUAGACGUAGCAUCAAAGAAACACCUUGUUGGAUUGAAAUACAGUUGCACAGGCCUUUACAGUUGCUGGAUGAAGUGCUUCAGGCUAUGCCUCUUAAUGACUUGAAACCAACUCGACAUUUCUUUUCUUACUUCCCACAACCAUCUGGAUGCAACUCAGUGAGACCAACGGCAGCCAAACGAGUAUAA